UUAUGAAAUUGGUCUGAUUAUCUUGCAGAUCUCUUGGACCUCGGGAAUGGGAAAUGCAUCGUCGUCCAGCGAUCCUUCUUCAUUUGAUAACAGUCCGCCAUCCAUAACGUACAACGACAACAUGUCUGAAUUCUCCUGGGCACCUACGGCCGCCUGGCGAAGAAAUUCCGAGAGUUCGAAUGGACGGACUACAUCUUCUAUUGGAGCUUCGAUGAACUUCACAUUUGAAGUGCGUCAAGCCAUCUCAUUAUCCGGCCCUAUAGGACCCAACUUUACUUCAUCAUAUUCUGUCGCUUUGGACGGAUCAUCUCCCCGCGCCUUCUCCGCCAACAGAAUCACAAGCACGGCUAUUCUUUACUAUGCAGAUAAUUUGGGGCCCGGGGAACACACAGUGCCCAUCAUCAAUCAUGGAGUUAGCAAUGCUACUGAUAUCACAAGGCGAACCAGAGAUUCAAACACACAGAAUUGUUUUGGGAUUUACCAAGCGCAGGUGUGGAAAGGAGAGGAGGUUGUCACUCCUACAUCAAAUGAUACUAAGUGAGUUACAGAUUUCAUAUUAUGUCCAGGUGAUUGUGACUCUCGUAGCGUUGGAAUUAGCACUGGUGCCAUCGUGGGCAUCUCUA